AUGCCGCUCAAUACGUUAAGGAGUGAGAUUCGUGCCAAAGGUCGGGAAAUAUAUCAUCCCGAAACGAAAUGCCCCAAUAUAGCAUUCAAGUUUGUGAGAUAUUCGAUAUAUGGGGGAUUGACUUCAUGGGACCAUUCCCAAUAUCAAAAGGGGAAUAAAUACAUCUUGGUGACUGUCGACUAUGUAUCUAAAUGGGCGGAAGCACAAGCACUACCUACUAACGAUGCUCAAGUGGUGGUGCGGUUUCUUAAAAAGUUAUUCUCAAGGUUUGGAGUUCCUAAAGCUCUUAUUAGUGAUCGGGUCACUCAUUUCACAAAUGAUCAAUUGGAUAAAGUGUUGCAAAAAUAUGGUGUCCACCAUAGAUUCUCAACAUCAUAUCAUCCCCAAACAAGUGGGCAAACUGAAGUUACAAAUCGAGCAUUAAAUAGGAUAUUAAGUAAUAGAAAGGAGUGGUCGGACAAGCUUGAUGAUGCACUUUGGGCAUUUUGA